UCGUAUUUAAGUAAUGCCUGCAGGUGUAUCGCUCCAUUCAAGACUUGCGAGCAGGUACCACGAGGCGCAUACUGAAUACCAAUCUUAUCCUGAUAUGUCUUCCCUUUCGAUCUCAGACCUGACGAAAUUGCAGACGAUCAAGUACGUCAAUUUGGGCAGUCUUGCAAUCUUCGCAUUUGAUUUUUGCAUCACGUUUUCCGAAGAGGUGCGAUGGACCUGGUCCAGACCAUGGGAUGUAAUUCGUGUCAUAUUUGUCAUUUCUCGAUAUUUGCCUUUCGCGGGUGUCGGAAUGAUUGCAUAUGACGCAUUGGGUGUCAGCAAUCAGGUAAUCUUGGAUGGCGAAUAGUUUCAAUGCUAAGCUGAUUGCAUGAGAAAAGUGUACCUCUUUACUGGAAGAA